GAAUAUAGAUUUCUCUGCUACAACAUUCAUAGUUUCAUCAAAAAGAUAAAAUUCCGAUGUCAGUUGCAUGUGGUAAUCAGGUUGGUCUUCAAUAUCUUUCUGGGGAUAUUUCUGGUGGCAAUGCCAGGUGUAUUGCGAUGCUCCAAGCAUUCCAAGAGGUUGUCAAAGAUUAUUCGACACCGCCUGAGAAGACUCUUAACAGGGACAUGGCUGCGGAAAUAAGUAGCUGCGUCUCUUUCCUCAGAGAAUGCCGUCCGCUUUCGGUUAGCAUGAGAAACGCAAUCCGAUUUGUGAAAAACAGGAUUGCAAAGCUGUCUAUAACACUUUCUGAAUCUGAAGCAAAAGCUUCUCUUAAGUCAGAUAUCGAACGGUUCAUCAACGAGAAAAUCAUAGGGGCAGAUAUGGUGAUAGUCAAACAUGCUGUCACUAAAAUAAGAGACGGUGAUGUCCUUCUGACCUACGGAUCUCCCACUGCUGUUGAGAUGGUAUUAUUACAUGCACAUGAACUCGGGAAAAAGUUUCGUGUCUUGGUGGUGGAUUCUCGCCCAAAGCUUCAAGGGCAGCUACUGCUUCGUAGAUUGAUCAAACGAGGCAUUAACUGUGCAUACACUCAUAUAAAUGCCAUUUCAUAUAUCAUGCAUCAAGUCACCAAAGUGUUUUUGGGCGCCUCAUCAGUUUUCUCUAACGGAACAGUUUACUCUAGGGUUGGGACUGCUUGUGUUGCAAUGGUGGCAACUGCUUUCCGUGUUCCUGUGCUUGUAUGUUGCGAAGCCUACAAGUUCCAUGAGAGGGUACUAUUGGAUUAUUCAAUAUGCUCGUCCAAUGAGCUCGGUGAUCCAAAUGCUAUUUCAAAAGUUCAUGGAAGAGAAGACAUAAACUACUUUGAUGGCUUGACCAACAAUGCAAACCUAAAGUUUUUGAACUUGAUGUAUGAUGCUACACCUUCAGAUUACAUUUCCAUGAUAAUCACAGAUUAUGGCAUGGUACCUCCCACAAGCGUGCCUGUCAUCGUGAGAGAAUAUCAGAAAGAACACUUGCUUUGAAAGCCCAAAAAUUGUUAUUUAGGAGAUUAAACGCAUAAAGAUGAAAUGAUAAUUUGAUAUGGAGGAGUAGGACGCAAGAUUGUAAGAAUGGUGGCUGCUCUGUUGGUUGUUACAUCUCAUUCUCUAUCUUAAUUCCAAUUCUGUGUGCUUCUUUCACUUUUUUCCCUAUAGAAUACCAUUCUUGUUUUUU